AUGUUAUUACAUGAAUACCGAAUAUGUCUACCAUUUACAGUUGAAGAAUAUCAUAUUGGACAACUUUAUAUGAUAUGUAAACAUUGUGAAGUUGAAUCAAGUAAAGAUGAUGGUGUUGAAGUUUGUCAUCAACUAUCACCCGAUGAAUUAUCUGCUCGAAAAUUAGAAUUUCUGGACAUUGCAAUCGAACAAGUACCAUCUUAUAAAUAUAAGGAAAGUGAAGAUCCAUGUAAAUUCAAAUCAGAAAAAACAGGUCGUGGUCCAUUAACGGCUAAUUGGAGAGAAUAUACUAAACCAAUAAUGUGUGCAUAUAAAAUUAUUCGAGUACGUUUUGAAGUUUGGGGAUUUCAAACACGUGUUGAAGAUUUUACUCAACGUGCUGUACGUGAUAUUCUUAUACUUGCACAUCGACAAGCAUUUACAUGGAUGGAUGAAUGGUAUGGUAUGACUUUGGAUCAAGUUCGAGAAUAUGAACGUGAAAUGUUCGAACGAACAAAUAAAAAAGUUCUACCAACACCUACGCCAACAACGAAUAAUACUACUUCUGAAUAA